GAAGUUCUCCUAGUUAGUUUAAAGCAAGAUGGAAAUUUUCCCUGAGCUGGGAAAUAGUAUCUUCUUUUCUAGAUUUACCGAAGGAUCAGGGUACGAGAGAGAAAUCGCAAUCAACGCGGUUCUUCGAGAUAAUGAAAAAAGAUUUUUCAUAAACUUAUGCUUGGAUCACCCAGAGUUGGGUGCUGAAUCGCGAUUGAUGGCGUAUCAUUUCGGAAUCGAAUUUGCUGAUGAAGGUCGUCAAUAUAAAGUGAUCGAAAGCGGUGCAUGCAGCAACGGUGAACGAUCGGUCCACUAUGCUGAAGUUUCCAAUGAUGGAAUAGUGAACAUAGUUUUCCGUUUAGAUGAGGAUAACAUAAAGGUGUAUUACGAAGAUACGCAACAUUCGCCCGACUAUGAAUGUCAUCUACCACCGACAAUUGAUGGCACACGGAUCGUCGAGAUACGAGGGGACAUAAACCAUGUGGAGGAAUUUCAACUGAAGUAUAAUAUACUGCCCGUAGAUGCAUAACUGUCCGAUACAGAUAGAAAACCAAGAAUACAUGGGUCACUCAUGCUUGUAGUGGCAGUAUACUCGUUGAAUCAAUUUGGCUUUUCCCAGUGUAAACAGUAUCAUCAAACUAGAAGCUGCGUAUGCCAUUCUACUGCUUGGA